UCAGAUGUGUUUUCUCAGGCUGGUUUCAAAUCCCAGUCCUCAGAUCUCAUCCUCAUAAGUAGUUGGGAUUACAGCAGGAGCCCACCAGCACCUGGCUGACAGAACUUGUUAUAGAUGUAUCAAUUGGAAAUUGUGAAGAUAUGAGGAUGCUGUGAGUGUGUGUGAGUAUGUGUGUGAAUAUUAAUUCUUCUGUUGUAGUUUAGACAUAAAAUAUCCCAACGCUUAGUUCCAAGAUGGUGACACUAUUGAGAGGUAAUUAGAGGAUGAAGACUCUAGCCUCACCAAUGAUGAAUCCCCAUACUGUUAGGAGGCCAGCCUGGACUGUAAUCCUCCUAUUUGUGCUUCCCAUGUAGCUUGCUCACAGAUGUGUGCCACUGUGUCUAGUCAUUGUGCCUUCCUUGUAGCUUGGAAUGGCAGCCAUGUGAUGAUUCAAAUGGAGUGCAUGGGAUGGCCUCAUACUGGAGAGAAGUUAAACAGCAAGAGCAACCCAAUGGACAAUCUCCCCAACAGCCCCACCUUCUACAGGCCCCACCAUCUCUUAGUAUGGUUGUGGGCUGGUGAUAAGCCUUCAACACAUGGACCAUUGGUAUCCCCAAGAUCCAAACUAUGACAGAAUCAUAAUACUUGGAUACAACCCUCCCCAGCAGGGAUCCUCUCAGAUUCUCUUACCUCCUGUUCCUGAGCAUUGGGAUGGUGACAAGAAAUCAUCCAGAUGGGGUGCAGGUGCUGUAAAAUGCUACAAAGCUAUCUCUUUGAUCCAGUCCAAGUGCCCUCCCCUGGCUAUGUCAAUGAAGUAAGCAGCUGCAAGUUGGAGGAAGAGGACACUGUGAGGUUGAAAGGCAACCUAAGUAGUGAGGUCCUGGUGCACCAAAAUGCCCUUCCUGAUGGAGGUUUGGGGAGGACCGAGAGCAUUGGUAGGACAACUGGUCUACCUCACCAAGGACCACUCCCACAGGAGGAGACUGGAGGGGAACAGUGCAUGGCAAUCAAUGGCAUCAGUCCCACUCUGCAGACCAGGAAUCCCAAACUCCAGCAGGGGGACAGCGGCUCCUGGGCCAGCACUGCAGACAGCAGCCACCCAACCCAACCCUUCCUUGAAGGGGAGGACACCAGGAAACAGGACUGUGUGCUGCCUGCCUCAGAAGAAAUUCAAGUCAUCCAAAAUGGAGAAAACAGAGUCCCCUCUGAGGUAGAAAGUACUGCCUUGGCCAUACCAAAUUGUGUCCUCCAGAUACCAGCCCCAGAUUACCCUCAGCUUUGCCAUCCUGCUGCAAACAAUGGGGAUCAUGAAGAGAAGGACUAUCUUUUCCAGAACCACCAGGAAGAUAAGCCCCUGGGAGGAAUUCACCCCAGAGUGGGCGAUCAUGGUUUGAAUCUGUCUUUUCCUAGGAAGAGGAGCUGGGACUCACUAAAUAAGGCUGUGACCACAGAAGUUCUAAACAUCUACUUCAAAGAGAACGAUCCUGUUCAUGCCAUGCCUGGGGUUGAGUCCAGGAUGAAGAAAGAGGGCUCUCAUAACUCAAAAGGAGACACGGAUGGGGAGGUGGUGUAUGAGGACUUGGCAGUGGCUGAAGCACUGGCAGCCUUAGAAGCUGCCACUGCAGGAGAGGAUACAGAUGAAGAAGACUAGGGGAGGGGAUUGGGUGCAGCCUAUAAGCUAGUGCCAGGCUGAGCAAGUGCAGGUGCAUUGCCCCCCUGCAAUGUGCAGCUGAUCGUUCUUCUAGUGUGCCCACUGCCUCUUGGCCUGUUGUUUACAUCCGGCGUCUGUCCUGACUGUCAGUCCUGUGCCAUGCUGUUUGCUAAUAUGGGGAGCAUCAAGGGAUGUCACUCAGGACACUAGAAUAAAACUCAGAGUGGGCCACAGUGCCUCUGUCCAUGGCAAAUGCAGAAUUUAAGCAUCCUGCUUCCCAGCUAUUAUUGUGAUCCUGAAUAUUUGAUCCAGAUGUCCAGAAGACUAUUUUGCAGUCCCAUCAUCUAAUCCCAGAGCACAUCUCACAGAGCAUUGUUUGGCUGUAAUAUCCUUCUGG